CGUCGCAGGAUGCUAGCAGAGAGCACGAGCAGGGAACGAGUGCAGAGACGGACGCGACGGACGCGCAAAGAUAUAAAAAAGAUCAUGUCGGGAGCGUCGUCGACGGUAGGCAAGCAGCGGGCGGUGUAGGCGCAGCCGGGUGCGCGUCCGGCGCGCGGAAUGAGCUAUUACACAGCGGCGGGCGUGGGCGGCCCGAGCAGCGGCGUCUGUGGCGGCAGGUACGGUGGCGGCAACAUUUCUCCCGUCGAGGAGGAAUCCACCGACGGCAGCGAUGAGGAGACGGAGCCGGCGAGAUCGUUUCACCGCCGUCUCUCCACCAAUCGAGAUAUCCAAUGUUCGGCUUCGCUAAAAGAAGGCUACCUGUUGAAGCAGACGUGGUCGUUCCAGCGAUGGCGUCGACGCUACUUCAAGCUCAAAGGACGCAAGCUGUACUAUGCCAAAGAUACAACGGCUGUGAUUUUCGAUGAAAUCGAACUCACCGACCUGUGCCUAGCCGAGUGUUCUACGAAAAACGUCAAUCAUAGUUUUCAGUUAAUCACCCCGUUCCGAUCGCUGGUGUUGUGCGCCGAGACACGCCGCGAGAUGGAGGAUUGGCUGGCGGCACUCAACGCCGCCUCACAGAAACGCUUCCACGAGCCGGAUCAACCAGACUGUCUAUCCGGAUGCCAUCAUUGGUAUGCAACUUCACAUGCACGACCAACGUAUUGUAAUGUAUGUAGAGAUGCCCUCGGGGGUGUGACAAGCCAUGGCCUCAGCUGUGAGGUGUGCAAAUGUAAAGUACACAAACGCUGCGCUCCCAAAGCGAUUAACAACUGCAAAUGGACCACAUUGUCUUCUGUCGGGAAAGAAAUCAUUGAAGAUGCUGAUGGUAACAUUGAAAUGCCUCACCAGUGGAUGGAGGGUAACCUUCCGGUUUCCGCAAAGUGCGCAUCAUGCGAUAAAAACUGCGGUUCGGUGCUCAGAUUGCAGGAUUGGCGCUGCUUGUGGUGUCGCGCCACUGUGCAUACGCAGUGCCGACCAUCAUUUCUCGGAGCCUGCCCGCUGGGGGUGGCACGAGUAAGUGUUGUGCCACCUACGGCGCUCCACUCAAUUCAGGAUGAGGCAUGGGAGGCCGUACGCCCGCAAGCCUCCUCGCCACUGCUGGUUUUCGUCAAUUCCAAAUCAGGUGACAACCAAGGGGUUAAAUUUCUACGUAGAUUCAAACAAUUAUUAAAUCCCGCACAAGUUUUUGACUUGAUUUCAACUGGACCACGUUUAGGGCUGAGGUUGUUUCGACAUUUUGAUCCUUUUCGGAUAUUAGUCUGCAGUGGAGAUGGUUCUGUCGGUUGGGUACUAUCCGAAAUUGAUAAAUUGGACAUGCACAAACAAUGUCAGGUUGCUGUUCUUCCACUUGGUACAGGCAAUGACCUGGCACGGGUCCUCGGUUGGGGUUCAUCGUGUGAUGAUGAUACUCACCUCCCGCAGUUAUUAGAAAAAUAUGAGAAAGCAAGCACAAAGAUUCUAGAUCGUUGGAGUAUAAUGGCAUUUGAACGCACAAUAGCAAUGCCCAAACUUUCACUUACUCCUGGUCAACCUGAAGGUUUACUCCAUACUCAAAUCGCACAAUACGAAGAAACCCUCAUUGCACAUCUUCAAAAUAUUCUUCAAUCGGACGAAACUUCCGUUAUUAUUUCAUCAGCAAAGCGUCUUUGUGAAACAGUCAAAGAACUUGUACACCAAGUAUCUACCAGUCCUUUAAUCCGUUGCGAUGAACCUUUAUCUCAGAAAUGUGAGACUCUACAGCACAAAUUAGACAUGUUAGUCAGUACUCUUACUAGUGACACUCCAGUGGUAGAAUCUACACCUACCAAUAUUCAAUUCCACAUGGAUUUUGACGAUGAUGAAGUCGCACGGCAAUGUGGAAGUGCUACCACGUCUGCAACAGCAUCUGGUACAGUUAAAGAAGAUACAGAAAGUGAAAUGUCGUUUGAGAAACGCUCCGAGAAGUCAGAAAAAGAUUUAAGUAACAUCAACUUUCGAAAACAUCGAAGAACUUCCCGCUUUGUAGAGAAAGAGAAAUCAAAUUUGAUGGCGCGUGCAGACAGUUUAAAAAGGGCAAUGAAACAUCUAGUGGAACAUACUGAGCAAGCCGUUGAGGAACGUAAUAAGUGCGUGGCGCAGGCGCAAGCGCAGGCUGCUCAAGAAGCGAUGGAUUUAAACCUUAAAAUGGAUUCGCUUAAAGUCAUGCCAACGAUUGCAGACAGUGGUAGUACAUCUGACGUUAGUUCAUGUGCAAGCCCAACGAGUCAAAGUAGUACAUUAACAGCGCGACUAGUUAAUAUUUCACCAUUACCAGAUAUUAGAAGAGAUUCGGCCAUUGAAGACCCGGAAUUGAUUAAUUUACCUGUCCCACCGGAUUUUGCUGAUAGCAGACGAGCAAGUCAAAUACAAAACAUUCCAGUGAAUGAACAAGUCACAGAACAACUCCUCAAGGACACCUGCAACACCCUGUCGAGUAAACCGAAUGUAGGAUGUUCCAAGGACAACGAUUCUCCGGAAGACUGCCGAAACUACGACGAAGACAAAGAAUGCAGUAGUAUCCUAUCUGCAAUGUCAAAUGAAGAAGUUAGUAUUGCUUCCAUUGACCUGGAUAGAUCCUUCUGUCCUCAGAAAGAUUCAGAUGGAGAAGACCUCAACGGCCAUAUAAAUCACAUCGAUUCGCCGGAAACAGACACCGCACCCAAUUCGGACGCUCUUCAAGGGGAGUCACUCUUUGAUGACAUCAGUUCAAUGCUAGUUCGUAUCGUAGGCAAUGAGUAUGGAUUCGAUCUGGAUAGUCUCGAUACAACCGAGGAGGUCACACCUGGUGACGUGGAACGCCGAAGAAGUUUUAAAUAUGAUUCUAUGGAACGCAAACGGAAAUUAUCCAGGAGUUCGAUAAAAGUUCCAACGGUCGAAGAAUCAUCCACGCAAUUUGGUUUUGAAAAUCCUGCAUUCAUGUCUCAACAUGUUUAUCUUGAGCAGCAAAAAACUGAAGAACAAGUGAGAUACUGCAGUCUGGCGCAGUUUGUUGAAGGUAGUGAUAUAGCACGCAGAUCCUUCAAAAGGAGACCCUCAGGUGGGGCUUGUAAAUCUUAUAAAACCGAAGCGAAUGUCAACCGACAAAGUACCCUAACGGAAGAAACCGAACCCAGCGCUAGAGGUUCACAUUCCAGUUUAAAUAAAAUCGAAGCAGAACUCGCCGAGCAUGAUAAGGAGGAAAAGCCUGAAAGUGAUAAGUUUCCACGGGUUAGUGUAGUGGUGGAGCCACCGUCACCCGAGAGAGCUUACCCUUCGAUAUCCGGCGAUCAAAUUACAAUCGAAAUCGAACCGGAUUUUGAUAUUAAGAAGCUGCUUACAAAGGUGGGCGAUGCGAGCACUAGUGAUGUGAGCAAUAACAGUUCGAACUCGAAUCUUCUCGGAAUCGACAACGAACACUUCUUGACACGGUCGCCAGCGGCGACUAGGCGGAUAUCCUGUUGUAGUAUGUUGAACCCGUCUGAAACUGCAGCAUUAGCAGCGGCAGCUGCCACCAGUAAGUUGUUUUGUUCGGACACAAAUGAAAACAAAAAGAGUCGUGAUAGGAAGGAGCAGAGAGAACGAGAAAGAGAAGAAAAGGAAAGUCAAUCGCAACGAAAGAUGCCGAUUAUUAAUCCUUUAGUCAGAUUACCAACAUGGCCCAAUGUCACUACCGGUACUGGUUUCAUAGGAAAAUGUCUGCUUGCCAAUGCGGAUACGUUGUGUGCUGCUGUGAGUCCAUUGAUAGACCCAGAUGAAACUCUCCUAGAAGGAUUCUUUGAAAGAUGCGUCAUGAAUAAUUACUUUGGUAUUGGAAUUGACGCGAAGAUUUCAUUGGAUUUCCAUCACAAGCGUGAAGAACAUCCUGAGAAAUGUCGUUCAAGAGCGAAAAAUUACAUGUGGUACGGCGUCCUGGGCAGCAAACAGUUGUUACAGAAAACUUACAAGAAUCUGGAGCAGCGUGUUCAACUGGAAUGUGAUGGACAACGAAUUCCAUUGCCGCAUUUACAAGGCAUUGUUAUUUUGAACAUUCCAAGUUUCAUGGGUGGAAUCAAUUUCUGGGGUGGAACUAAAGAAGCAGAUCUAUUCCUAGCACCUUCAUUCGAUGAUAAAAUACUUGAAGUUGUAGCGGUCUUUGGUUCAGUGCAAAUGGCUGCCUCGCGUUUGAUUAACCUACAACACCAUCGCAUUGCGCAAUGUCAGAGUAUCCAAAUAAACAUCCUUGGAGAUGAAGGUGUGCCUAUACAAGUUGAUGGUGAGGCAUGGAUUCAACCACCUGGGAUCAUCCGUAUACUACAUAAAAAUCGAAUGCAAAUGUUAUGUCGCAACCGCGCUUUAGAAAACUCUUUACGCACAUGGGAAGAAAAACAACGACAGAGUAUCGCUGCGCAAGGUAGUAAACAUCGUGCAUCAGUACCUCACGAUAAAGCCCGUUCAAGUUUAACUCGCCAGAGUAUGCCUAGUCAUGUAAAACCAACGUUCCUUGGUGUGCAUAUUGAAAAAGCACGACAGUAUUCAUUCAGUGGUCCAUUGGGUGGAUCUGGAGAAGCAGCACCAAGGCAUUCGAGUGUUACCUUCUUGGAACGACCACUAGUAGGCCGGGAACCAGCGCAUGUUCUAUUUGAUGAAGAAGAACUACGACUUUUGAUAGGAUUCAUUGAAAGUGCAACUGGAUUAGUAAAAUGGAUUAAAAUCUUAGCAAUCAGCUACAACCUGGAAGUGGAUUUAUAUAGUCUGGCAACAAAAGCGGAUAAAUGUUUGGAAAAUAUCCAUCCUGAUGGUAAGAUAUUAAGAGGUCCUGCAUUACGAAUAGAAUUCACAAAGUGUGUUAACUCUGUCAAAACACUAUAUGAAGAAAGCUGUUGUUUACUCCACGACAGAGGUGAUAAAUUAAAACUACGAGAAGACCUCGAAAACAAGCUAAGUGUAAGUUUAGCCAGUAUGGAACUUGAGUUAAGAAAAUGUGUCCUGCAUGACACUCCAACAGGUGGUAUGAUUUAUUUACAAGCAUUACAAGAAGACGCUGAACCAAAACGCAAAGGUUUAUUCUGGAAGAAAUUGCGUAAAGCGUCCAGUGCGCAUUUGCAUCUGCCUCAUCAACAUCAAAGCGCCAAAACACGUGAUGUAGCAUCUUGGGGUACGCAGGAGGUGGGCACAUGGCUGGAAACUCUUCAGCUGGCUGAAUAUAUUGACAGCUUUGUGCGGAAUGACAUUCGCGGGCGAGAAUUAUUAACCUUAGCAAGACGUGAUCUGAAAGAUUUAGGCGUAACAAAAGUUGGUCAUGUCAAGCGCAUUCUGCAAGCGAUCAAGGAUCUCAAUCAAGGUGUGAAUUAGAUGGUCAACACUUUAGUCACUACAACAUUAUUCGCGUAAUACGUAUUUUAUUGAAUUUUUGAUGAGAAUUCCUUACUGUGAUUACUAUUUCUCCAACAUUAUCAACGGCUUUGAUUUGUAUGUGUCGUUCUGAUUCAGUUCGGAUGAUACGGUCGAAUGAAUAUGAAAAUUCUAAAAUGCAAUUGAAGCAAUUAACGAAUGAAUCUCUCACUAGCAAUAUCAAAACGAAGAUUCAGGAUGUAGAGGAUUUAGUUCGGAUUAGAACGACCAAUUUGAGUAAUACUUCAUCCCGAUUAUGAAUAUAUGUUGGUGCCUACUUUUAAUGCUCUAGUGCUAAUUUGUAACGGAAUGAAAAUCGGCCGCGCGUGACAAAAUGGCGCCGAUGUAACGCACGAUGACGAAGACUGAUGCAAUGAUUUUGAUUUUGUUUCGAUAUUCCUUGAUUUUACGCUUCUUUUGAUGUCACAUUUAACCUCACCUUAUCACAACCAUUGACUAUCAUGAUAAUCACUCAUGCGCAUUCCGUGUGCACCGAUUACAAUUGAGAUAGGACAACUUAAACCACUAGACAUAGAGCAAGCAAAACAAAACAAAAAAUUGAAGAAAGUAUUCUUGUAUUAAUCACUUUAAUCGACAGUAUAAGCAUAUUAGUCAAAAACGUAGAAAUCUAUGAUAAUCAUUAUGAAUUGCCUUUCUGAGAUGUCUACCACUCUCUCUACGCUCUGAACGGCGAAGGAAGAUGACGCAGCGCAUUCCUCGAGACACGAAUAUAAUGUUCUAAUUACCGUUGAUAUUAUAUACAUAUUAUAUGAAUCGAUGUUGAAUCAUGUAUAGGUUCGCGUCCCGCCGAUGCAAUAUCAAACGAGUAACAAUAUGCAAAGCUGGCAAUUACGUCAAUAGCCCACAAUCCAUUUAUCUCAACCGAUGAUCUCCCACAAACUCCAUUUCUCUGUAAUCUUCCGGUAGUAUUGUUCAACACACAGGUCAAAACUAUUAUUUGUGGACCUGUUGGUGUCACAAACGAAUUGAACCAAAACUAACUAUACUAAACGUACGAAAAAUGUGUUCAACUCGAAUUAAAAACGAUUUUACACGCAUGGAGUGUGAACAAGAUGGCGCGCGCAUUACGAGUGUUAUGUACUACUUUACCAAUAUUCAUGUUCAUCAUUCCUUGUUAUCCUUUAAACAAGAACCAAACAUAACCUAUAUUUAAAUACAAACCUAACCAACAAAAAUGAAUAACGAUGAAGCAAUUUAAGCACACUUUAGACACGUGGACCAAAGAUAUUAGAAGCAUUUGAUGAAAAACCAAAGGAGGAAGCAAACCCAAAAAUUAUAUAUUUAACAAAUGGUUAUGAACAAUGUAAAACUUUGAAAAUCUCUUAAGCUAACCUUAAAUAACUACCUAACCAAAUAUUAAAUAUCGGUUUUGAACCUGUGUCAAUGCAUUCCGUUGUUGUCUGUAACUUUCAUUUCAUAUUUUGAUCACAAAUCGUUGAUUUACUCUUUAAGACUGCAAGUCCACCAGCAUAUUUCUGUGAUAUUAAUUGCAGUCGAACGCCGGCUGUAUCCUCACACGCACCACCGGGUUUCUCUACCAAUCCUGCUGUCUUUCGCAUCAAUUUAUUAUAAUGUUCUUACGUGAGUUCCUCUUCAGACGCGCGAUUUGAAUCGAUGAUCUUUUUUUGUGCAAGGCAUAGCGUGUUUCUACGACGAUGACGAUGAAUUUACUUAAUUUAGGAAACGAACGAUUAUAUUAUAUCAAGUUUUUUCUUGUAUUGUAUAUUAUCAAAUGUUAUAUCAUUGUAUUGGGGGUGGCGGCCGGCGUGUUGAGCGCGUCGGGUGUUACAAAUGUUUGAAAUAACGAGAACAUUGUAAAGACCUUAAUGUGACUUCUCUUGACAUGUUUGUGGCGAAAUAAAUUAUAUUGAACCACAAUUGAAAAAUUAACUAAUUUUUAUAUGUGUAUGACAUAGUAAUAUUAAAAUUGAU